AUUUUCUUCGGGUCGGAAGCGGAUCGAAACGUCGAGUGAUGGAGGGAAGAUGGUGGUUUGGUUCUUCGAAUUUAUAUGGCUUUUCUGGAUUUUGACAUCUUCUGAAACGAGAUCUACGCAUACCAGAAAAAUUCAAGCUGUUGGUCGAUCUGCCUACGCGGGUUCGUAUGGCAGCCGUACUACAGGAUUUUCCCAUGGUGUAGGGCAGGGAAAACCGCCAAGCAUUGGAGAGAACCUUCAAGGGGAGAAACAGAAUGAAGGGAAAAAUAUUCAAAUGGAAUUUAAGCCAAAAGUUUCCUCUUUCAAGUCAACAGAAAGCGCUACCACGAUCGCUCGAGAAAGCAAUGGCAACAUUACAGCGGGUCAUCGUGAGGACCUGCCGGAAAUUUAUAUUUUAGUGUUGAACCUGGCCACUGGGCUCAAGAACUUUAGCAAGUCAACAAGGAAACAGUUUACAUCUCUUCUUUCCAAAAACUUAGGACUUCAUGAGCAAAGCUGUAUAAUUCUUCAUGUCUUUCCAAUUUCCCUUAGAAGGAUCCAGAUUGAACUUUAUUGUGAAAAAGACAUGGUUAAAGCCAUGGGGUCUGAGUGGGAACCAAAUGUAUUUAUUCCAGCCAACAAAAUGAUCCAGACCUUAGACAGCCCAAGGAUGCAGCCAUUCUUGCGAGAAUUCAACAUAACUGCUUAUGGAAUCAAGGACACCCCUGAAAUAGACCUUGCUGUUUAUCAGGAAAUGUGGUUUCCUGUAGCAGUUGUGGCUGGUGUGACAGUUAUUCUCAUAUUUCUGGCCAUUGUUUGCCUGCUGUUUUGCCGGCGUCAUCUGGAAGCCAAGGCUGAAGAAGAACAUCGUACACAACAGCUUGACCCAGAGAAGCUUCUCUAUCCCACUGUUGACCCUGCAAACAACAUGUCAGCCAGCAUGAUCCAGCCUGACGCAGGACGGAUGUAUACAAUUACUGGCUUACAAGCCAUUGGCCCCAAGCCAAGAAAAUGGAAAGGGUCUCAGUUAUCCUUAUCAGACAGGCGUGGUUCCAAAGCCUCGUUAGUCUUAGAUCUCAACAGAUCAUCAUCAAUGGAAUUAGGACCCAGUUCUUCUGCCCCAAGCAUAUUAGAAAGUCCCACAGAAGAAAAACUGGCUUCUAAAUCCAGGCCUCUAACUUGCAAUGAAUUGGAAGACAGUGUAAAUAAUCCAAAGCAACUUUCUACUGAAUUUUGGGAAAUGCCAAUGAAUCAUCCUCCUCCAGAGGAGAGGAUUCCUGGUUCCAGUUACAGAAAUAGAUAUCCAUUUAUUUUACCAAAUAGUAGAAGUAGGGUGAAUCUACCUGAAAUACCUGGAGAUACUUUAUCUCGUUACAUUAAUGCAAAUUUUUUGAAGGGUUAUGAGAGUCGAAAGGAAGCUUACAUAGCUACCCAGGGUCCUUUGUCAAAUACAGUAAAAGAUUUUUGGAGAAUGAUAUGGCAUCACCAAUGUCCAAUCAUCGUUAUGAUAACAAAACUCAAAGAAAGAAAUGAGACAAAAUGUGAACGAUAUUGGCCAGAUCCAACAUUCCGAAUGCAAGAGAAGUAUGGAGACAUUGUCGUCACAUUUGACUCUGCAAUUGGACGAGAUGGAUAUCAGAUCACUUCACUUUACAUCAGUGACUCACAGUCAUUAGAAGCUCCACGAAGAGUUUACCAUUACUGGUACACAGCUUGGCCUGAUCACGGUGUCCCUGAUUCACCAAGACAAUUUUUAAGAUUAGUAGAGGAAGUGCAUGUUGCUCAGGCAAGAGAGGAUGUCAAAGAGGGCCCUGUUGUUGUUCACUGCAGUGCGGGAGUUGGAAGAACAGGAUGCUUUAUUGCGGCCAGUAUAGGAAUUGAACAGAUCAAGAAAGAAGGCCUUGUAGACAUUCUAAAGGUAGUGAGCCUUAUGAGAAUAGAAAGGGGUGGUAUGGUGGAGAAUGAAUCACAGUAUGAGCUCAUUUACAAUACUCUUCAUCAUUUUUGGACAACACGUACAGGGAGUGAUGAUGAUACCCGCGACAUAGCACUUGAAGCAAUCUUUGAUGAAUAAUCCAAGACAAAUGCAAUGAUAUGGUGUUUGGAAUUCUUCCUACAUGCUGGUCAUGGAAGAUGUAGUGAUUUGACAAAUUGUACAGAUCUAUUGUGGCUGUCGUCAAUCAAAGUGAGCACAAAGAGAAGUGACUAAUGCACAUCACUUUUUAUCGUCAACAAUUUAAGAUGUGCAUUUAGAAGAUUUUAUUUAUUUAUUAUUUAAAUCAGUGGAUUGUACAUAUUUAGCAAUAACUGAACCACAGUGAAGUUUUCUUCAAGAGUUUGUUCUCAGCUGUUAGCUUGCAUGAGGCUGACAUGAACAAUUCUUUGCAUUAAAUAGUGAUGUCUCACAGCAUGCCAUUGAAAAUAAUAUUGCAAAAGCAUGGAGUAUAGCAAACAGUUUAAGGCUAGUCACAAGGGAAAUUUUUCAGAAUAUCAGCUGUUAUCCUGCUUUUCUUGUGGUUCAUACCAGUUUGUGGAGGGACUGUUUCAUGAUGUGCUUAGAAUAAGUUCAGUUUACAGAAGUGCACAGAUGAAGAGGCAUACCAAUGUUAGACUUCUCCCUUGCAGGCCAAGGGAUUUAUAAGAAAAUUUUGGUGACAAAGAAUUCUCAAUUGAGAUGUAAAUCACCUUGGUUCUUCCAUCUCUCCAUCUCUUUAAUUUAUUAAGUUGCUUUGGUAUACCUAAUGCUUGGACAAAGGCAGUUUUUCUUUAACAACUGACUGCCACAUGAACGGUCAAACCAUGAUUCUUGAAAGGGCAAGAAUGGGAAGGAAGAAGCUGGAAUUUGGAACAAGAGACAAGCUUAUAAUCUUAUGGUAUUAUCGCCAACAUUAUUGCCACUGUCAUCAUCUAAGUUGUUGGUUUUUUUGUUGCUGUCAUCUACACCGCUAUCAUUGCUGUAAUCACAAUGAUAUGGAGAAUCAAAUGGGGUAGACAAAUGGUUACAACUUUUAGCCAAGAAAGCACUUCCUUCCCAAUGCUCACAGAUAAGUUCUUCUUCAUUCUGUGGUCUGCUGUCAACACUUCCUUGAAAGAAUUCAUAAGGUGAUUUGUGUAACACCCCCUUGCAUGUCUGCCAUAAUAUGACUGUGUUGAGAUCUUGACCAGAAACAAAUUCAUACUCCUUAUUUGUAAUUUUUAGCAGGGAACAAGGAAUUCAUCAACAUCUUUAGUAUGUGGUGAUGACUUGUUAUGCUAAGUUGUGUUAAUUUAGUUCCCUGACAAAUGGAGAACCUAAUGCUUUGCCAGCUAAGAAUUUGGCAUCAAAAGUAUUUUAUUUUUAAGUUUUAUUAGAAGGGUCCUUGAAGUUAAAUUAUGAAAAAGAUUAUUAUCAUUAGGUAUUUUCAUUUGUUGACAAAAGUAGAGCACUAAGAAUAUCCUCAAUUUACAGAAUUAUCCCAUAGUAUUUAUCAGAAAUGAAUGUACAGAAGUGUUAUUGAGGGAUUUUUGAAAUUCUUCUUUAGAUAUUUAAUCUGGCCACAGGAGUAAUAUUUACAAGCAUUUACAAGAAUGAAAAGGAAGGUUUAAGAAAUUUAUUUAAAUAUUUGUGUACAUAGUGUUGAAUGUGCCGCAUUAAAAUGAAAACUUGGUUUGAAUCA